AUGGGAGCUAGACUUUCUACGCGCUGCGGUCGGUCGCAGGUCAAAGACCGCAAGGUGUCGAUUUUUGAGCUCCUCCUGCAACUCUCCAAGGUUGGGGUUACGAAGGAUAGCGAGGACGAAGUAGGCCGCCUUUUCCAGCAAUUAUUCGACAUACCUAUCGAAGAUAUACCGUACGAGACGAUUGAAGUUUAUUUCCAAAACUUUGUGCUUCACAAUCUGCUGAGCGCCAACCUGAGCCAUGGCCAAAUAUGUCGAUACUGGGAAUGCUAUGCAGCUCUGCUGGAAUAUAUCGUCAAGCGUGAGUCAGUUGCGGCGGAUGAGUACGACGCAGAUCGCUCUGGCUCGGUAAGCUUGCAGAAUGACUUCGAAAUAACCAUACAGACAUCAACAAACACAACCACCUCACUAGGCAGCAAUACAAAAAAUGAAGUGUCAAUUUUAAGAGCUUCACCUUUUACCCGAAAUGGUGAAGGAAGAGACUAUGAACCUAACUGCUCAAAGGAUUCCGAAUUCGAAACCCUUGCUGGUAAAGAGGAAACGCACAACCCUGUAGGAGGGUCUCCUUCAGCGGCGAACGGCAUUUGCAACACAUAUGAGAGCCUGUUACGUGGCAAAUGUGAUGUAGUGCGUUGUUUAACGCCCUUCGUCAUAUCUAAGAUCUUCAUCAGGUGCCUAGUAGCUUCGGUGAACGCAGUAGAGCUCCUCUUUCACAUGGAGUACCUCCCCUACUAUUUGGAAUGGAGCUCGCAAGCCAUAUUUAAAUUGAACGCCCAAGAUGUAACGGAUAUUUCGGUGACGAGUCAACGUCAAAACGUUGUACAUGGCGAUGACGAUGCUGAAAAUCUUUCAGGGCAAGACCAACCGCAACCCGGAUUAGAAAAAGAAAAUAGCAACCCCAGUGUGGAAGCUACUGCAGAAGAAUGUAAUUAUAUUGGCACUGCGGUUGAAGAGGAGGAUGUUGAUGGCACAAGCAGCGAGGUUGCGCCAUGUCCGUGUCCCUCGACCGUCACCUCGUCGCAGAUCUAUGAAGAGAAUUCUGAAAUUAUUCGGACCCUUAGAUUGCGCAUGAGCACGGAAAAGGAACCAAUCAAUGUUCCGGUGAAUGUCGAUGGGUCUUUGGAAUCUAUCAAUAACGCCAUUAUGGAAGAAGCCCUUAAUGCAUGGUCCGACUGUACCACACACGCUUUACGCCGGGGAUUCUGCUUUAUAGAUCACAGAAUGCGCAUAUUCUCCCUAACGUGCGUCGUUGAAUUGCUGAAACGUGCGCAAGGGGCUGCGGAAUUCAUGGCAUUGCCAUUUUGCAGUGUUGCUUAUGGGGGAUCAGGACGUGCGUCACACUUACAAAGGCUAUUAGUUGCCUUACAUGCCUACAUUACAACGGAUAUAACGCCGUCGUCGACUUCGCAUGCAACUUUUAUUAAGGCAUCGCAAUCCAUGGCAACCGAUGUGUUGGUCAUUUUGCUGUCUAGCAUCGUUAUGGCGCCGUACGUAAACACGUGCAUUGACAAACGGAGAACGGCGGAAAUUUCACCCAUGUUUACAUGUAUAAAGAAUGUUCCCAAGACUGUAAGGUCAGUAGCGCCAUUCUAUUACAUUCAUGUGGAGUGCGUACGUUCGCAACUUUUUGUAAACGUGCCGUCUGAUCUGCCCCCCAAUGCAAUAGAACCCGUUGUUGAUUAUUUCUUGAAAAGGGACGCUCCUAUGAUAUACGCAUCUAUGGAUUCGCUUAGGGAUGCAAUUGGAUCCAGGGGGGUGGAAGAUAUGGCAUGGUGUUUGAUCCGUCUUCUAUCAACUUCACCGCAGAACGCAUGGAAGAGGCACCUCAACGUGCUGCGUGACAACGUUACAUUGUUAAUGUUGAUUAUGAUUGGUGCAGGCAAAGAAUAUGUGUUUUUAAGCAAAACCGAGGAAAUGGCUGAGCGUUUUAAAACGUUUGAGUACAGUACCGGAACGUUAAGUCUCACUGGAUCAAGCCACACUGAUGAAUUCAUAGAAGAAACGGAAGCCAAUAUUUCCCAGCCGACGGCUAUUCCUCAUAAAUCACUAAAUAAUAUACAUCAUUCAUUAUUGUUCAGCGAACAAUUGCCUCAGGGGUUGAUGGUCGCCAUGGCCAAGGCACUGGAUAAUUUAAGUCCGUCCAUGACGUGUAGCAACGAACUCUGGCUCAUACUCAUCGAUAUGUUGUCGUGCGACAAAACUUUUGCUUUAACAUUCUAUCUGAAACCUGGGUCAUUCAUCAGGGAAGUUAUGAGCACCAUCAAGAAACAUUCGGCUAUGAAAAAGGAGGCCAUCAGAGGCAAGACAUCCGGACACGCCCAUGAAAAGUGCCCACAUCAUUUGGUAUCCAGAUCCCCCCUUAUCAGGACUUUGGUUAAUAUCCUGGUUCACUACAUCAUUCAUAAAAAGGUAUUGGUUUCAUCAAAUGACCCAAAAUCAGACUCAGGAAAAUUAUGUUGA